CAGAGCUCGGCUUUCCAUCCUAAUCCUUACUUAGCUCGGACCCGUCCCUGAGCAGCACCACACACCUUGGGGCUGUAACAUCAGGCCGGUGAACAUCGUAGACGACCAGCGCGCUGCCCCUCCAUCGGCACGCGUAGAUAUACAUCAAGGUCCUACGUUCCGAUAGUUGACUUGGCGCAGCUUGCGGACGCUGUGCGGCUGCCAACACCUCUAGUGCCGAUAGAUAGCUCUAUCCAACGCUGUUCCAACAGCCUGCGCGAACCUUAGCGGGCUUUGGUGGCGUUUUACAGUUCAAGCAAAAUGACUUCAACAUCAGCCCAUUCCUUCUUGACGACAGCAGCGCUUGUGGUAGUAGCAGCAGCGCUGCUACACGUUACUCCAUCUGAUGCUUCCAACGGAUUUCUUCAACUUCGUGGCGGCCUCCGUAUACUCGGACUCCAGCAGCAUGUCAAGACGUUGAAAACGUCUUCGCUUUCCAAACCGGUUGCCAACUCCAGUCACGAGCUUUUCCCGCAAGGCUGGAUCUGUGAACGCAGCAGCAACAGUUCUCCCUUCCGUCUUACCCUGGCCAGUCCAGCACCUGCAGAGGAGCCCGGGCUUCAGCGUUACUGCUUCCGCGUCGACGAUGUGGGCGGUUGCGACCCCUCGCAGCACUGCUGCGACGGCCAACAGGGACUGCAGAAGGUUGAGUUUGACGUCGUUUCCGAAUGCAAAGAUUCCCUCCGCAAGGUUACGGUUGACGGCGUCACGACCUCGUACGAGUUCAGCUCUGCCCUCAGUGUGCUGCGUGUGACGGGCCUGUCCAAGACCGCCACCGCCGCCGCCGGCACCGAGAUAUGCCUCUACCUCGCAGCGCCCUCGCUGUGCCCCGGACUGGCGCAGCUCUGCUCCGCGGGCGCGGGCCUCUGCAAGUACGCACUCUUUAACGCAAAGAGGGACUGCUGCCCAGUCGGCAUCGCAGGUCGCAUGACCCAGUUGUCAGCGUUAUCGCUGUCGUCUGCUGCUUCGUCUUCCUCCAAUGCAGUGUCAGAGUCUUCUCAGCCUCUUCCUCAGUUCCUAAAGCAGCUUCCAAACCUUCCUGCAGCCCCCGUACCAGCCACCUCACCUCCGCCCGCAUCCAGCUUUCCCAGCUACCAAUGUCAGCGUGACGCAUCCGACUCCCGCCUCUUCACAACUGCCUCCAACAACGUGACUGUUGUGAACGGUCUGACGCGCGUGUGCUUUGACGUCAGCGUGAAGGCCGUGUGCGACAACCCGGCCUCCAAGUGCUGCGAGUUCGGUCUCUACAAGAUGGAGAUUGACGCCGACCCCACGUGCGCGGACGCCCUGGCCUACAUCACUGUGGACGGCGCCAAGCGCGCCCGCUUCUUCCAGACGUCGCCCUACCCCGUGAUCAAGAUUACCAACAUUAACAAGGACAUGAAUGCAGUUGCCGGCACGGAGGUCUGCCUCUUCCUGCGCCCGCAGUGCAACUCGCUUGCCAAGCUGUGCACCCGCCACGAUGGCUCCUGCACCAUCGGCCUCUUCAACAAGCCAGCCUCAAGGUCAACGCCAACCUGCUGCCCGCUGUCUACAGUAUAGCCAUAGUAGCAGCAGUUAAGGCAGCGGUAAAGGCAGCAGCAGCAGAGCAGUAGCACGGGAACGCCAACGGGUCCCGCCUUUCGUGGGUUUGCACAUCUUCCCGGAAAGUAUAUGGCUGCCAAAAGCAGCGGCAAUGCUGUGUUGCCGGACAAAUGAUGUUGCUGUUGUGGUAGUGGGUGCCGUGCAAUGAGCGUGCAGUGUAAGGCGUCUAGUAAGAACUCUUCUUGGAGUCUACAGUGGCGUUUCUAUGGUUGGGCGUUGUCUGCCGUGUUAACCUUUGAUUGCCGUUUACCGUGCGGUCGUUCAAUAGGCUUUCGGCGAUGACGACCUCCAUAAGCUACUGCCUCGGCGCGAACAGGAAUCCGCUUCCAUUGCAGCAUAGGCGUUGAUACGGGUUAGUACGCAGUUGUGGUGUAUGGCUUGAUGUUUACAGGAGUGCUCAUUCCGCGCAAGACGCGUGCCUAUCCGGCCAAGUGGCACUGACCCUAGCUCUUGGCAUCGAAAACGACUGGUGGCCUUGGUAGGAGUGGUGUUGUCGGUUUGGUUUCGUUGGUGACAUGGUUUACGGGACGAAUGCGAGAGCAGGACGACGCAGUGAAGUGUACGACCGCAGGAUGUAGCAGCGCAUUGGCCCUUAACAGCGCGCAGAGACUGACAGAGGCAGGCAGUAGCACUGACACGCAGGCAGGCAGGUAGCGCUAAGCAGCAGGAAUGACUGGAGCAAUCUAUCAGAUGAUGUGUUUUGCAGGCUAGUUCAUGUGGGGAUUCUCGUAAUUUUUUCAGGGACUAACUGUUAGGGGUGCAGCGUGUUUAGUGUUUUUGGCGGCACAGGUGUCCUCGCGUUGUGUGACGCAGGGUAUGCCGUGUUUGCCAUGUGGGUACCUAGUCCGACUCGUUCUGUUCUGACCCAAAUGCUGAACUGGUCAUGGCUAUUGCGCGGAUCUAUUAUAGCUGUCGUACUGGUAGGUGAACUAGGUUUGGAUUGUAUGCCAUCAACCUUUCAUUGCCUUAUUCACUUUGAUAGGUGGUUACCGAGGAACGGGGAGUAGGCAUGUAGCUAUGGCAUGGUGCUGAAUGGCUUACAGGCCUACAGUUCUGUACUAGUUGCUGUGUAGAGUUUAGGAAGAACGGUACCUGGCUAGUCGAUGUGGGUACAUAUCCAUCGGUUAAUGGGACAUGAACAUACUCGCGUCCUCUUAUUAUAGCCGCUUUGCAGCGCUGAAGAUGUGUAACGCAAACGAAGGCAAACCGG